UGACCCGUUCACAUGCAAGAUAAUAAUAAUUGCAAUGCCAAGGAUUGAAAUGUUUUAAAUAUGAUUGACUUUGCAUGUGUAGUCAGUCGAGGCGGAGUAGUACUCUGGAGCCAAACGUUCGACCACGGAUUUCAGCAAGGGAACAAGCAAAAUGGACGAAAUACCGUAAAUAAAUUGAUUGAAGAUGUUAUUUUGGAGGAACGCGGAGCCAACCAACAAGCUAGUGUAGAUGGACUUAACCUAAGAUGGAGGGUCAUGCACUCAAUAGAUGCUGUUAUGUACAUCAUAUACCAGGGAAUUCAAAACUCGCAAUGUUUGGAUGAAUUCUUAGAAACAGCAGCGCAGCGGUUUGUCAAGCGAGUGAAAAAACACCAUGAGUCAAUUACUAACAUCAACUGGAUAACAGAUGAAUUGGGAUUUGAAUACGAUUCUGAAUUUGCUGAGAUGUUAUACAAGAUUGGCUCAAAAACCGUAUUAUCGCAGCCUGUAUCGUCACAGGAGCAGGCACAAUCAAAAGGUACUACCGUCAAAAAGCAAGACAGUAGUAAUAAGCAUGAAAAAUUGAGACGUGAAUGGGGAUUCAAGGAAGUUGUAUCUAAAAAGGAUAUCGAUGCACUUGAUUACUCAACAGAUAAGGAACCAAAGGUGAAAAUAACAGAACCAGAUGUUACUUCCACAAUCACCCCCGAGGAUCAUAAACCCAAAGGCUUCGGAAGCCUCUUAGACGGAGCACGUAACACACUAUCUAAAUUAUUCCUUCGCAAAAAAAAUGAGGUAGAAUCAAAAGUUAAAGAAGCAGAUAAUACGCCAAGUAGACCAAGCGUAUUGGACACCUUCUCACAGAUGGUCCUGAAAUAUGCAGGAAACAUGGUGCUAACGCCAGAAGUUAUAGAAGAACCUCUGAAGGAAUUGAAAUUAAACCUAAAUACCAAAAAUGUAGCUAAUGAUAUAUCUACAAUGAUUUGCGACUCGAUUUCAGCCGGACUCGUUGGAAAGAAAACAGCAUCCCUAAAGUCAGUGUCUGCAACUGUAAGAGAAGCUUUGGAGGAUGCGGUAAGGCGCAUAUUGACACCAAAAGAACCGAUCAACCUACUUCGCAACGUGUCAGAAGCUAAAGCACGAGGAGAAGUUUACUCCGUCCUUUUCCUUGGAGUCAAUGGAGUUGGAAAGUCAACCAGCCUAGCCAAAGUCACAUACCUCCUGAAGUGUAACGGCUUUAAAGUCAUGCUUAUCGCGUGUGAUACUUUCAGGUCGGGAGCAGUGGAGCAACUAAAGAUACACGCAGACAAACUUGGAGUUGAACUGUUCGAAAGGGGAUAUGGUAAAGACCCAUCGGCAAUAUGCCGCGAAGGGUUGAAACAUGCUAGGGCAAAUUCUUACGAUGCCGUACUCAUAGAUACAGCAGGACGUAUGCAAGAUAAUGAACCGUUAAUGACCGCACUGGCGAAACUUAUACACGUAAAUAACCCACACCUACUCCUAUUCGUAGGUGAGGCGCUGGUGGGAAACGAUGCUGUAGACCAACUGCGCAAGUUCAACCAAGCUAUACAAAAAAUGGGAGACUCAAGCGAUGAAUUACGUGGAAGGAAAAUCGACGGUAUCGUCCUCACCAAAUUUGACACUGUAGACGACAAGGUUGGAGCAGCGCUUUCCAUGUGCUACAUCACAGGACAGCCCGUAGUGUUUGUAGGAACUGGGCAAACGUACACCAACCUGGCAAAAUUGGAAAUAGACGACGUCGUACGCGCAUUAACUAAAUAAAUAUCUGUAA